GCCGCGCAGCAGAGCAGGCACUCAGCGCUCCUCAGCUCUGCUCUCGCUUUACUAUCUCGUCCCUUCGCUGAUAGGCUGAGAAGUAGGUCUUGUGCAGACAGCCAAUGAGAAGGCGAAUCCAAUUCUGACCAAUCAGACGCGAAUAAUGGUUAAUGAUGACAUAAUUUUUGGUUUGGCCAAUGAGAAUGCGCAGAGCCGAUGCCUCUCAUUUGCAUAGUGGAGCUAUAAAUGUGUGUCACGCAGCCGCGCUCCUCACUUCGCUCCUGAGCUGAUCCGGAGGUGUUUCGCGGUGCGCAGAGACAAGCCGUGGUCGCCAUGCCCGAGCCGGCCAAGUCCGCCCCCGCGCCCAAGAAGGGCUCCAAGAAGGCGGUGACCAAGACGCAGAAGAAAGGCGACAAGAAGCGCAAGAAGAGCCGCAAGGAGAGCUACUCCAUCUACGUGUACAAGGUGCUGAAGCAGGUGCACCCCGACACGGGCAUCUCGUCCAAGGCCAUGGGCAUCAUGAACUCCUUCGUCAACGACAUCUUCGAGCGCAUCGCCGGCGCGGAACGGGGAACCCCGCCGAAUGCCAUCGCUGCCGGCUUACACGCAGUCCUGUAUUUUAAACCUCAGAAAUGCCACUACAGGGAUACUUUAAAUGUGUUAUUGUUAUGA